UUCACAUGGAAAACACCCCUCACACACCAAACACACAGAUAGAGAAGAUGACUGAGGACGCAGUCUUUGGUAGGCGCAACGCCCUUACCAGAUCCCCACCACCGUCAGCACCUGCGAAAGCUCAGGGAUCGAGCAUGUUCAAGCCCGGCCCGGAUGGCAAAGAGAAGGAGCGACCGCACUCUGACCCAUUAGAGCUGCUAAAAAACCUGGGUACUCGGGCCAAUGAGCUGGUCAAGAGGAUGAACGACCAGCGGCAUGUGGACAACGUGAUGAAAGAUUUAGCCCUGAGAGUGGUAACCCUUCAGGCCCUGGUGGUCAAGAAUUUCGAGAAGCUGCACACCAGGACAAUUGAGACCGCCACCACUGGUACCCAAACAGCUGCGAAGCCGCCACACACCGGCUCAAAGAGGCUGCGCGAGUCGCCUCAAAUGGCUGCGGAGCCCACAAAGAGGCAGAGAGGCACAAAGCUUCAACAGGCGUCGACCCAGCUCAAACCGCCGGCGCAGUCCCAGGAUGAACUAACCCCCUCGGGUACAGUGGACCAUGGUGCCACCCCAGCCGCUAAGAAACAGCUCAAGUGGCAGCAGGUGGGCCCUAGGGGCGAGCUUAGCUAUAGCGACAUCCUCCGUAUGGUCACCAGGCGCCAGGAUGGCAAGCUUCAGGAGGUAGGGGAUAAUGUUAACAGAAUCCGGAGGACGGCAAAGGGCGAGCUGCUGCUCGAGCUCAACGGCGCGAGCAAAAGCAACACAGCUAAGCUCAAGGAGGAUAUCAGCGCGGCACUGGGACUGCAGACGGGCAUCAGGGCGGUGUCAGAAGAACUCUGCGUGGAGGUCAGGGAUCUCGACAGCCUGGUCGAGAAGGAGGACAUCGCAGCAGCGAUAGCUGCAUCGAUAGACGCCCCCAGCGUGGACACCAGCGCCAUUAAAAGUCUGAGGCCAUCGUUCGCUGGUACGCAACUGGCAGUUGUGUGCCUGCCGCCCGUGCAGGCAAGAGCCCUACUCAUGGUGGGGAAACUUAAAGUCGGAUGGACAAGCUGUAGGAUCCGGGAGCGGACAGCUCAACGACGAUGCUACAGGUGUCUGGAGUUUGGGCAUCUAGCAAUCAGGUGCAAGAGCGCGGUGGAUCGCACCGGAUGCUGCCUCAGAUGCGGCGUGAACGGGCACAAGGCGGCAACCUGUCAAAGCGAUCCGCGGUGUUUCAUCUGCACCGCUAACAACAGCAAUGAGACGAACCAUUAUGCGGGUAGCAGGAGAUGUCCAGCAGCCAGGAGCGUGCCCAGCUUGCCGGCCCAAUAAUGAAGGUUAUGCAGCUCAACCUCAACCACUGCGCUGCGGCUCAAGACCUGCUGAGCCAAUCCAUAAGAGAAUUGGCAAUUGACCUCGCCAUCCUCAGCGAGC